AUGCAUUCUUUUGAUAUUGAUAAAUUAAAUACAUUUGAUGUUAGAUUUAAUAAUAAAGUUCGUGACAAGCCAGAGCAUGAAUAUGAAUUGUCAAUUAAAUCUUUCAUUUCAGAUACAAAAAUACCAAGUGCAAUGAUAUCUAAUGAAUCAUAUGAACCUGUAAAGGUUCCAGACCUUUAUCCACCAGAUUCAUUAUUUGUAUGUGAAAUAUCUGUUAAAAAUAAAGGUGGAAAUGGAACAUAUGUUGCAUAUGGAGAUGUUCAUUUCAAAUACAACCCAUCCAACAAAGAGGUAGAAUUCUUGACCACUCCAAGUUUUCCAAAGAAUUUAGAUAUUAAAAAAGAUAUUAAAGAUGGUUUAACAAUAACCAUUAAUUAUGAAAUGUUAUAA